GUGGCGACGCCAGGGCGCUGGGCUCUCGGGGGUGAGGCGUUCGCGGCCGGCAGGCCCGGGCCUGGACGGCGGGGUCUUCGCCAUGCCGGGGAUGGUGCUGUUCGGCCGGCGCUGGGCCAUCGCCAGCGACGACCUGGUCUUCCCGGGGAUCUUCGAGCUGUUCGUGAGAGUGCUGUGGUGGAUCGGCAUCCUGACGCUCUAUCUCAUGCACAGAGAGAAGCUGGACUGUGCAGGUGGUGCCCUGCUCAGCAGCUACCUCAUCGUCCUCCUGCUUCUCCUGGCCCUUAUCAUAUGCACCGUGUCCACCAUCGUGUGUGUCAGCAUGAAAGGGACCAUUUGUAAUCCUGGACCACGGAAAUCUAUGUCCAAGCUGCUGUACGUGCGUCUGGCCCUCUUCCUGCCGGAGAUGGUCUGGGCGUCCCUGGGGGCCGCCUGGAUAGCAGACGGUGUUCGGUGUGACAGGACUGUGGGGAAUGGCAUCAUUGCAACCGUCGUGGUCAGCUGGAUCAUCGUCGUCUCCACCGUGGUCGCCAUCUUCAUCGUCUUUGACCCACUGGGGGGGAGCACAGCCCCGUGCCCCGCUGUGGGCCCCCAUCACCUGGACAGUCAUGAGUCCAGCCAGUUCCUCGACGGCCUCAGGACGGCAGCUACAAGCGUGUGGGAAACGAGAAUCAAGUUCCUGUGCUGCUGUGUUGGCACAGACGACCAUACUCGAGUUGCUUUUUCGAGUACGGCAGAGCUUUUCUCAACCUACUUUUCAGACACAGACCUGGUGCCCAGUGACAUCGCGGCAGGCCUUGCGCUUCUGCAUCAGCAACAGGACAGCAUCAGGAGCAGCCAGGAGCCCGACCAGGUGGUCAGCCGUCCCCCAGGGCCCUCCCAGGAAGCUGAUCUGGAUGCAGAAUUAGAGAACUGCCACCACUACAUGCAGUUUGCGGCAGCUGCCUACGGAUGGCCUCUCUACGUUUACAGAAACCCUUUCACGGGGCUGUGCAGGAUUGGUGGCGACUGUUGCAGAAGCCAGACGACCGAUUAUGACUUGGUUGGAGGCGAUCAGCUCAACUGUCACUUUGGCUCCAUCCUGCAGACGACGGGGCUGCAGUACCGCGAUUUCAUUCACGUCAGCUUUCACGACAAGGUGUAUGAGCUUCCCUUCUUAGUGGCUCUGGACCACAAGAAGGAGUCGGUGGUGGUGGCUGUGAGAGGAACCAUGUCUCUGCAGGACAUCCUUACGGACCUGUCAGCAGAGAGCGAGCCCCUCAACCUUGAGUGUGAGGUGCAGGACUGCUGGGCACACAAGGGGAUUUCUCAAGCUGCCAGAUACGUUUACCGACGACUCAUCAACGACGGGAUUUUGAGCCAAGCCUUCAGCAUUGCACCUGAAUACCGGCUGGUCAUCGUGGGGCACAGCCUGGGGGCAGGCGCCGCGGCCCUCUUGGCCAUCAUGCUCAGAAACCCAUAUCCACAGGUCAGGUGCUACGCCUUCUCCCCACCCAGGGGGCUGCUCAGCAAAUCCCUUUAUGAAUACUCUAAGACCUUCAUUGUGUCCCUUGUCCUGGGCAAGGAUGUGAUUCCCAGGUUAAGUGUGACCAACUUGGAAGAUUUGAAGAGGAGAAUCUUGCGAGUGAUUGCUCACUGCAACAAGCCCAAGUACAAGAUCCUGCUACACGGGUGCUGGUACGAGCUGUUUGGAGGGAGCCCCGAGGACCUGCCAACGGAGCUGGACGGGGGCGACCUGACACAGCCUCUCCUCGGGGAGCAGAGCCUGCUGGCACACGGGUCCCCAGCCUACAGCUUCUCCAGUGACUCCCCGCUCGAGUCCCCCACCAGGUACCCGCCUCUCUACCCUCCCGGCAGGAUCAUCCACCUGGAGGAAGAGGGCACUUCGGGGAGGUUUUCCUGCUAUCCUGCUGCUCGGUAUAGCGUGAGAUGGUCACAUGAAUCGGAAUUCAGCAGAAUACUCAUCGGCCCAAAGAUGCUAACAGACCACAUGCCAGACAUCCUGAUGAGAGCCCUGGACAGAGUGGUGUCUGACAGGGCCACCUGCAUUUCCUGUCCGGCCCAGGGAGGCUCUGGUGUUGACGUGGCAUAACCAGAGCGACUGGGAGCUGCUCCCGACGGUGGACUCUGCUGCUGUUCCAACAGUGACUUAAUGUCCGAGUGGCCCCACGAUGCCAACACCCGGAUGUCCAUCGAGCAGAUUUUGAUGGUCUCUUAAAUGACUGAGUAAUCAGAGAAGUACUUUGGACCACAGUAUUCACAGAAUCAGGAGCCAGAAGAGCAACGAGGUGAUGGGCGUCCCGAGACCAAGCAGGCGUGUUGGAAGCAGCAGGACGCCCACCGAUUCCCGGGAGCCCCACAGCCCGGUUUAAGGCCCUAACGGAUCUGUAGGCACCUGCCCCUCGGGCCACCUUUUCAGUGACAGGGUCGUCUCAUGCCCGCUUAGAUCAGCCUGUGCAGUGUAUUCUGCAAACUGGACUUGCCUGGCUGCACAAGCUCAGUAUCAGUGGCGAGGGUGCAGACUGCAAUUCUGUCGGUGGCACUAAGGGAGGGUCAGCUGAGCUUCUGCUGGGAGUCAGCGCCCAUCCCUGUUCAGUCUGCUUGUUUCAUCAGCCUCGAGGCGAUGGCUCAGUUCUUGUGGGAUAUUCGUGGCGGUUGGCCAGUGUAUUCAGAGCGAGUUAAGAAAUGGAGCACUUACACAUCAUGAGUGCCUGCACAGCCGUGGACUCUUCUAGUGGAUGUUUCUGGGAAGGUCUGUUUUACUGGGUAGUUUUACAAUAGUCACAUUGUAAACAUUUUUUUCUGUCCACUCUAAACAACAAAAUGAAGUCUUGAGUUUUCUUGGCUCUCUGGCUAAAGACUGAAGAUGCUCAGACAUCUGACUGCUCCCCACACCUGAUCCAAACCCCACAAAAUGACAGUAAAGGGAUUUCUUUAGAAAGCAUAAAUAAACCCACAAGGAUGCAGGAAGAAGACACAGGGACAGUCAGAUGGCCAGAGGUAAACAGACUUCUGGGCCAAGUGGGCAGCAAAAGACAAGAACAGAUAUGGUCCACAAAGCAGAUGCCCCGGCGCCUCUGACCGGGGGAGGGACGCAGAUGGCAGGGACCGGCCAGAGAGAUGGCUGGAAGAAUCUGGCUUCUUGUCUGCUUCGGGGUCAAGGGGGUGCUGGACACCAGGGCAGCAGAACAACAUUCCUCCGCUCGGCUCCCAGAACCUUCAAGAAGAUGCUCCGAAGAAAUCAGACCGCUAGGGAUACCUGCUCCCUCAGGGCCUUGCAGCUGUCACAGCCACACCACUUUAGCUCUGGAAAACCUGCAAAGAACUUCGACUGAAAUGCCACAGUAACGUCCAGUUGCUACAGGUUUCAUUUCUAAACAUAAUUCAUGUACGUUCCUAGUGGCAGAAAAGAAUACAGUCUCUAGCACCUUGAGCAACACUGCCUUGGGGUGACCCACCUGCGUGCUCAGUGUCCAGUCGGCUUUUCAGUUUUCAGUGUUUAAGCGCGAACCAGGGAUUGCCAGACACUUGGGGAACAAAUGACGAAAAGAAACAUACAAGAGAAGCUUCAAACCCUUCCAGCUACAGCUUGGGGACAGAAAAAGAGCUGCAAACGCAAGACUGAUCCCCAAGGCUGGAGGACAGUAUUUACAGGAAAAGGAACUCCUGGACAUGAAAAGCAUGGAAGACGAAAUCAAAAGCAGCUGGGAAAGGGAUACCUGAAUAACGGGAGUCAAACUCCAGACAGAACUGAGCCCACCAAGCACAGGGUAUGGGAGAUAAAGAUCCACCCAGGACACGGAGACACAGAGGGACCCCACGAGACGUGGAGAUACACGUACCUCCCUCUACAGUGCAAACGGCUAAGACGACAGGGGAGAGCUGCCUUCAAAAAGCCUAAGAGAAGUUCUUUCCAGCCUGGAAUUUUAGACCCAGCUAAAAAGCAUCAGGGAAAAUGAAGUUAUUUUCAAAGAUAUAAGGGCUCAAAAGCAUAGAUGACCCACCCACAUACUCCUGAGGAGGCUCUUGGAGAAUCUGUCCAUCAAGAUGAGAAAGUAAAUUAGAAAACAGUGAAUCAAGAUAUAGAAAAUAAAAGGUCAACACGUAAGAGAAAUGUCCUGAGAGAUUUAGACAACAGAUGGAAAAGUCACAGUUAAAUUAUCAAGUACACAGAAAACAAAACAAGUAAACUAUUACUCCAAAAGAAACCACAAAAGUUGUGCAGGAAAGGCAGAUGCUGUUAGUACACAGCUCAGCCUUCAGUAUUUGCGUGGCAGUGGUAACAUAGACGCUGAAUAUUAUCACCAACCCAAACAACUGUAUUGAAGGGCCGGGAAAGGUGUGUUGAGGGCUGGGGUUACAGUUGGUUUAAGAGCUACCACACACCCACCUAGGUGGGAAUGUUGACAUUGAUGGCUGGAACCAAAAAAUCCAACGAGCGAUAAAAGCACACGGUUUAGUUCGAGCCCUGGGGAGGGGACAGGCUGCAGGCUCCAUCAGUCACCGAUGGCCAGUGGUUGAAAUGAAGCCCCCAGCAAACCCUAAGGGACCCGGUCUGGAGAGCUGCCAGGCUGGUGAACAAGUGGAGCUGUGGGGAGAGCCGUGUACCUGAGAGGGCGCAGGAGGGCCUGCCCUUCCCCCAUACCUUACCCUCCACACCUUCCAUCUGGCUGUUCCUUUUUUGAUAAACUAGGGAUCUGGUAAAUCAAAGAGAAAGCAAGCAUAUGAUUUAGCCAUGUGGAGACAAGAGUCAAGAAUUACUUAACUCAAAAUAGGUGCCUCUGGGGAGGGUGUGAAGGGGGAAGACUGCUGUUUAUGUAGCAAACCUUUAGAUUUGGUCUUUAAACUGCAUUAUGUAUGUUUGGUUUAAAAAAUAAAUAACUACCAAGCAAUAAAAAAGAAAAUUUUAAAA